AUGGCUUUUCUGCAUUUAGCUGUCCUAAUUCUGUUUUCAUUGGGCAUUGAUGCAAUGAUCUUUACAUUGCAAAAUAGAUGUAAUGAUACCAUUUGGCCUGGGAUUCAAGCUUCGAGUGGGCAACGUCAGCUGAUGAAAGGCGGUCUUGAGCUGGAACCUCUAGAAUUAAGAAACUUGACAGCCCCAAAAGGAUGGUCAGGCCGCUUUUGGGGACGCAGUGGGUGCACGUUCAAUUUUUAUGGUGAGGGAGCUUGUGCUACUGGAGACUGUGGAAAUGGUCUGUUCUGCAAUGGUGCAGCUGGUGAACCCCCUGCUUCUAUAGCUGAAUUCACCCUCGACAGCCCAUUGGAUUUUUAUGACGUGAGUCUCUUCGAAGGCUUUAACAUACCUAUCUCGAUAAUCCCAUAUGGUGAUUCGGGUGGUUGCCCCAGUGUUAGAUGUGAGAUGGACUUGAACCCACAUUGCCCGAAGAAUCUGUUAGUGAGAGGGGAUCGUGGACAGAUUGUGGCCUGCAAGAGUGCAUGUACAGCUUUUCAAACACCAGAGUAUUGUUGCACUGAGCAGUUUCAAAAUCCUGACAGAUGUAAGCCCACAAAAUAUUCGCAAUAUUUCAAGCGCGCUUGUCCUACUUCAUAUACCUAUGCUAAUGAUGACCCAUCAAGCACUUCAACCUGUCGAGAUUCAAAUUACAUGAUCAUAUUCUGUUAAGUUUGAUACAAGCAUGUAAACUCUGA